AUGAGUGAAGAAGUGAUUCAAAGACAAUUAGAACUAGAAGAUCUGGGUUUACUCGGCAAGAGUAAACAUCAACGUCUGCCAAUUAAUUUUGAAUAUUUAUUGGAUUUAUUCAUGACCUUUUACCAAGAAUGUAAAGGUUCUACAGUUUUACAAAGAGAGAAAGUCAUUGCUGAUUUUGUCAACUUAGCUAAUCCAAUAGCCAAAAAAAUCAGCGAUUUAAGAUUAAAACCGGUUGAUUUUAGUGUUGUUAAUGUUAUCGGGCGUGGAGCAUUUGGAGAGGUUAGCGUCGUCAAGUUGAAGGGAUCCGAAAGAGUAUUUGCUAUGAAGAAGCAGAGUAAAUGGGACAUUCUGAAGAGACCUGAGGCUGCUCGUUUCCGUGAAGAGCGCGAUGUUUUAGUUCAUGGCAAUCGACAGUGGAUCACUGCACUAUAUUAUUCUUUUGAAGACGAAAAUUUUAUCUAUUACAUUAUGGAUUAUUACAACGGUGGAGACUUAUUGACCUUGCUGAGUAAAUAUGAAGACCACUUGCCGGAAGAGAUGACACUCUUUUAUGUAGCCGAAAUCGUGCUUGCCUUAGAUUCUGUUCAUCAAUUGGGUUAUGUACACAGGGACGUAAAACCUGAUAAUGUCCUACUUGAUUACAAUGGACAUAUUCGCUUAGCGGAUUUUGGAUCUUGUAUUAAAAUGGAAAAUGGGAAGGUUUACUCUGCUGUUGCUGUUGGCACUCCAGAUUAUAUAUCACCAGAAGUUCUUAAGGCCAUGGAUGGCAAAGGUAGCUAUGGAACUGAAGCAGACUGGUGGUCAUUAGGAAUUUGCAUGUAUGAAAUGUUAUAUGGAGAGACGCCAUUUUAUUCUGAAUCUCUGGUCGAAACUUACGGGAGGAUUAUGAGCCAUAAAGGUAACUUUGCAUUUCCGGAUUAUGAAGAUAUAGAUGUAUCUGGUAUUGCUAAGGAUUUAAUGAACAGGUUCUGCCAAUCCUCAGAAAGGCGUAUUGGACGCGGAGGAUUAAAAGAGAUUAUGAAGCACUCAUUUUUUAAAGGACUAGAUUGGGAAAAUAUUAGAAAUGUUCAACCGCCAUAUAUUCCUGAAGUUACUCAUCCUCAAGAUACUUCAAAUUUUGACGUUGAUCAACUAGCAGAAUUAGAGAUUCCUGAUAAACCAAGAUCUCAUUUACAGUUUACUGGUCUUCAACUUCCUUUUGUUGGUUUCUCGUAUUCAAGUGAUAGGUUUGGCAUAAUUUUAUGGGCUUUAGUCUCAUUUCGAUAA